AACAUUAGUCAAAUUUGCUCCUUAAGUUAACACCCACAUAACGGCCACUACCCCUUCCAUCGCCACCACCAAACACCAUCCAACACCUUCCUCAUCAUGUAUGGCAUGUUGUAUGAGAGUGUAGCACACUACGUGCAAAAGGAAUAUGGACAGGAAGUUUGGAAACAAGUGUGUCAAAUUGUUGACUGUAAACACAGUACAUUCAAAACUCACCAAAUCUAUCCCGAUAAGCUAAUGCCCGAUUUUGCAGCCGCCGCAGCAGCGGUAACCGGUGAAACAUUUGAUUUUUUUAUGAAUUUCUUUGGCAAAUGCUUUGUGCGUUUCUUUAGUAAUUUCGGUUACGACAAAAUGAUCCGUUCAACAGGAAGAUAUUUUUGUGAUUUCUUGCAAUCCAUCGAUAACAUACAUCUGCAAAUGCGUUUUACGUAUCCGAAAAUGAAAUCACCUUCUAUGCAAUUGGCUCACAUGGACAAUGAAGGUGCUGUUAUUAUAUAUCGCAGCAGUCGUACGGGAAUGUCGAAAUAUUUAAUAGGUCAAAUGACGGAAGUGGCUCAAGAGUUUUAUAAUCUCGAGAUUAAGGCUUAUGUAAUUGAGUCGCAAAAUGAUAUAGCUGGCGGCACAGCGGGCCCUAUAAAAUUGUCGGAGGUGCCCUUAACAGUUAUAGUUAAAUAUCGUUUGGAUUUUGAUAAUCGGGAGUAUAUGGCUAAACGUGUUAAUGUAGUGGCACAUCCCACCCAAAUGAAACUGCCGCCAGUUAAUUUGAAUGUGUUUUUGGAUUUAUUUCCAUUUACCCUGGUUUUAGAUCGAGACAUGUGUAUAACGCAUGCGGGCGAAAAAAUCUUUGAAACCUGGAUUCUACACAACCCCGGAAAAAAUCCAAAGGACUUUAUAGGUUCUCAUAUUAUAGAUCUGUUUAUGUGCCGGCGACCCAAAGAUGUUAAAAUCGAAUGGGCAACAAUUACCCAUAUGCGUACGGUGCUCUUCGAAUUCGAACUAUUGCGCACGGGUCGUAAUAAAGCCGCCUAUAAUGCAGCUAUGAAUAUGGACUUUGAAAAUCAGGAUGAGAUGUCUUACUCCGAGGCCCAAAACAUAGUGGAAAGUAGUUAUUACAAGAGUAAAGAAGAAGGCGAAGGCGAAGAAGUUGAUGAGGACAAUGGCAUAGAUCUGGCCACGGGUCAAAGAAAAAUAUCUCAGGGCAAUAAAUCCAUAUUAUUAAAAGGACAAAUGUUUUAUUUGAAGGAUUUGGACUCUUUGAUAUUUCUUUGCAGUCCUUUAAUUGAAAAUCUAGAUGAGUUGCAUGGCAUAGGUUUAUAUUUGAACGAUUUAAAUCCCCAUGGCCUGAGUCGCGAACUAGUGAUGGCCGGCUGGCAGCAUUGCUCCAAACUAGAGAUUAUGUUCGAAAAGGAGGAACAACGAUCCGAUGAAUUGGAAAAAUCCUUAGACUUGGCAGAUUCGUGGAAGAAACAGGGCGAUGAAUUGCUCUACUCCAUGAUACCACGACCCAUAGCCGAGCGUAUGCGCAAUGGCGAAGAGGCCACAUGUCAAACCUAUGAAGAAGUUUCGGUAAUAUUCAUAGAAGUGAUGAACGUCUAUGAUGGUGAUGCCAAUAAUAUACAAGAUGCCAUGGAGGCGGUAACCACACUCAACAAAGUAUUCUCGGCCUUCGAUGAAGAAAUCAUAUCACCAUUUGUCUAUAAAGUAGAAACGGUGGGUAUGGUUUAUAUGGCUGUAUCGGGAGCCCCCGAUGCCAAUCCCCUUCAUGCUGAACAUGCUUGUGAUUUGGCAUUGCGUUUGAUAACAAAGGUUAAGGCACUAAAAAUACCAGGGCUGUCAAUACGAAUUGGCAUUAAUUCGGGACCAGUGGUGGCGGGUGUUGUCGGCCUAAAAGUUCCUCGAUACUGUCUGUUUGGGGACACAGUAAAUACGGCUUCGCGAAUGGAAAGUACUAGUGAUCAGUAUAAAAUACAAUUGUCCAAUUAUACGGCGAAAAAAGUACGUGAACUGGGUUACAAAGUCGAAUCACGCGGUUUUGUAAAGGUCAAAGGUAAAGGUGAAAUGGAAACAUAUUGGCUACUGGAAGGACCAAAUGAAUAAUAAUAAAAAUAAUGAUGAUGAUGAUGGAUUUAUAUUAUAAAUACCCGUACAUACAUAUGUACACACUCGUAUGUAUGAUUUGUAAGGGUUGGUUGUUCAUAAAAAUGCAAAAAAUAUUUAAGCAAUUUCUUAGAUAAAUGUAUUAAAGAGGGGAAAUGAAAUUUUAUUGAUAACAAUAAAUGAAGUACAUAUAAAAAUAAAAAUAUUUACGACAGUUUAUUAGA